AUGAAUGAAUUCAAAGGUAUUUGCAUACAUCCUGACCUCGUUCAUUUUGUUGCUGAAUGGUGCUCUGUAAAGUAUGCAUUUUAUGUCAAAGAUAUUAUGGACUCCAUAGACAAGAAAGUUCAUGAGAAGUUAGAUGAAGAAGAACUCGAAGAUACAGUAGAGAAUGCAAAACAUUUUGACGAAGUGCAAAUCUUCACUUCGUCAAAAUGUGAUGCAAAACAAGCAUUUUAUGAGCUUACUAAGGCGUUAUGA